AAUUGCGUCGUAUCCAAUCCCGGAAGCUCAGUCUACAGUUUCAAUCAACAGAUGAUUGUUGGAGGAUUAGUUCACAUUACGUCUAAUCUAUUGUGAGCCGUGUUGUGUUGACGACUGGAUGGCAAGAAGUGAGUGCCAUGUACACCAUCAGACAACUGGUUUAUCCGCUCAGGAAAUGAAGGACAAGUCUGACAUGGAUUGCGAAGCGAAAAGAGAUCUCCAGACAAGUCUUCCAUUCAGCAAUGAUAUUGUAACGAAGGAGCUGUCGUCUGGAUGAAUACCGGUUAUUUUAUUCUGGCGUGCUUAAAGCGCCGCAUGGCAAGAAUUCUAUAGCCUUGCACGUUUGACGCCGUUGAUAUUGAUCUGUGCGCUGUUGCUGCGGCCUGGGGAUGUGGCGUUAAAGUCCUCCGAUACAUACACUCGAUUGCCCCGUCAAAGUUCGUUUCUGUUCAU